AUGACUGAAGUUUUUCCGCCGAAAUUAGGCGCUACUCCGCGAGUCAUGUAAGAUUAAGACUUCGCUUGCUAUCGUACAUCGAAGAUUGUUCUCUGUUAACGCGCCUGGUAUCUUCGUGAUAAAUGUUGUAGUAAUCUGUAUAAAUGCUCGACUUUCACUGGAGCAUGUGCAUGUCGAUUUAAGUUUGAAGAAUCCCUCUACGCUGCCUAUGCGUAUAUGCAGUAUCAGAAUCAAAAUUCGUAAGCAUUCCCCACAGGAAGAAAAAUAAUAGGAUGUCUCUCUCUGCUCGAGGCCGAGAGCAUUAUUCCAUGCAGCCGCUCGAUACUGAGCGAUCUUCCACGGUGAUCUCGGCAAGGUCUGACGACUACCAUCUUAGGCUGACAAGGACCUCGAACAACCCGCAUCGCCGUCCACAUAAAAGUAGAAGCCUUGAGCGAGCAGUCAGCGAAGCCGGUUACUUCCGCGAGGAUCGCCGCAGAAGUAGGGGACGAUCUCUUUAUGGCUAAGUCAUUGGAAACAUUUAUAGUAAAUGUACUAUGGAGUGGAAAUCUAGUUUCCACCCUCUUAUGACGUAUUUUUAUUCAUUAAAGGCAGAUCAUCCGUUUCCUAUUCUAGUGGCGAGCUCUUGUUCCUGUAAUUCAUUGAGCAACUCCUUCUUGCGAGGAUUUUUGUUUUUCUUCAGAUGAAUCUUGUAGUUUGCUAUCACAUUGAUUUCGAAUUGUGCUAUUUGUGUCCCUAGGCCCCUUCCAUCUCUUCGCUUUCUAACUCCUCCCACGAGCAGACCAUCACCAUCGGAGUCGAGGAGAGCACGGAAGAUCCAGGGAUCACGAUCCUACUUCCUACGUCCGCACUGGAUCUUCUCUAAGAGAACGGGACGACCCAGCACGCGAUCGACACCAUUUGCGCCAAUAUGCGUCUGCAGCGCAUUUCCCGACUCUCUCCAUGCCUGCUCUUGCAGGUAUGCGCCCCCGGCGGAGUCUCAGUGCUGAUCAUGCAAUGCAUUUGUUAUGGUUUUGAAUAAGGUUGAUCUCGUGGCAGCUCAGUCUUAUACUUAUUUAGUGGAAGAUCCAACUCAUACCAUCUUCUUACACAUGUGGAGCUGCUCAUGGCAACAACAUCAUCUACUCUUCUCUAUCACUCCACUCUUUUACUCAUUAAUCUCAAACUUACUCCUCCUCUCCCACUCGAUUCUUCUCCUGUGCCUUUUUUUCCCUCCUCCACUUCUUCCUUCUCUACCACCCUUCACUCUAAGUUAGGUUCACUUAGAUCUCUUGUUCUCUCUCAUUUUUGGCUACCUGUGCUAAGUAUACUUAUGUCCUUCCUGUUCUGAGAGUACUACUUCGACGUUACUACAGCUGCCGCUCCUGUUCAAUGAGACAAUGCCUCACUUCUUCUUCUUCGCGGGAUAUUACCGACUGCGUACUAGGCCAACUUACAGUUUGCGGCCUCUAUUUAUUUCUGACAUUUGUUCUUAUGUUAUCUAUCUGAUUCAAAUGAACUGCUAUCCCUGCUUCUAUGACUGAGGUCUGGUCUUACUAUGAAGUUCCCCUGGUUGGUUUUUUCCUGAACACGAAUCUGUCUUCGGUUGGCACAGGCUACCUUUGGUAGUGGGAGAUAGCUGUGCAAGAGGUGCUCAUUCAGCUAUCCCUGGCCUCCUUGUGCCUCUGUGUUUUUUCAUCUUUGUUCUGCUAUUCUCUACCCCUCCCCCCUGUUUUUUCUGUUAGUACACGAUGGCUGCUUGCGGAUCAGGUACUCUAUCUAAUGUUAGAAGACCUUCACUUCUUCCAGCACUGUUCUCUUUGCCACAAGCUUAUUUAGUGGAAGCAUGCUGACUCAGCAGAUCGUUGGUUGGGAGAAAUAAGUACACGCAUCAGUUCUAAAAGAUUGGGCAUGUCUUUAUCGUUUGAUCAUGUCUACUCAACACAACUGUUAUUUCCGCUUUCUAAACACUGUCCCAUCACCUUACAAUGACGUGAUUCCAGCAGGCAAGGCUUCUCCGAUGUUGCGAAUGGGACUGCCAAAUCGAAGCUACAUAUUCGAAACACCGAUGGGCAUGAGGGGGACAUAUGAUCUUUUAUGACUGAAGGUACUUAAAUCGAGUGUCGUUCUCAUUCAUUAUUUGUUCUGAAACACAGACAGAACCAAACAAGAUAGAACAAGUACUACCUAAUGAUUAUCAAAAACAAACACCAUUUCCAAAAAAAGUUCUUAAAGUUAAAGUCAAAACAACAUAAAAAACAUCGUCAUCUCCUACUCUCUCAUAUUCCUAUGCUGCGCAUCGCGCAAGGAUGACUCCGCGUACGGCCUUGGCGCAAACGAUGACGUUGGGUGCUAACCCUGCGUCGAAGCUGGAUCAUUUCACAGAGGCGACGAUGGUCCCCCAACGUGAUGUUGUCACCAUGAACCUCAGAGAUACACGUGGGACGCCUUAUUUUAGGGGUGCAUAGAACAAAGAAGAUGAUGACGCCGCAUUUUAGGGAUGCAUAGAAAGAUGGCCCUUCAGGAUACGAAGAAGAAACUUCAUGUUGAUCAUGAUGAGGGUGCCGAUUACUCCAACAAAGGUGGGAAGUCACACUUAAUAUUGCAGUUGAGGUGGAAAAUACAAGUCUACGAUCAUCAACAUCAUCAUGUACAGAAUAGAUACUUCUGAGCAAUAUCGUUCUUGGACACAUACUUCGUCGCUGCAUAGAGAACAACACUCAUUUUCAGAGCAACAGUAGACUCAUAUGACAUAUGUACCAAACCGCUUGUAGUUGGGGCCUCCUCGCUAGUCUUGUCUAAAAAGAUGAUCUUGUCUAAAAAGAUGAAAAGGAUGAAUAAGUGCUGUUUAUGAGGCCUUACGCAGGUUCCUCUUUACAGAAUGCUUGCGUGCGUGGAUGCCGUGCGUGUAAGUAAUAACAUGAGCAUGAACAUGAAUCAGAAAAAUCUUAGGCAGAUUGCCGGAUAGAUUCGCAUCAUCAAGAUGCUCUUUGCGAGCGCUUCUAUCACCGAGAGAAGCGGCCACCAUCUGCGGCACUAGAAAAUCAGGCACUGGCC